UUUCAAUUGACACAAAAAAACAAAAUAUUUAAAAAAUCAUAAACCGAAGGUCGAAAAGGUAGAUAUAAUAAGUUCAUUUCAUUUAUUAAUGUAUGGAACGUGCAUGGGAAUGCGCGCAAUAAUUGUGAAUAUAUGGCGUUAAAUCCGCGUGCACGAAUGAACGUAUAUAACACAAUGGAGAUCCGUUAUAGACAUUCAACUUUACGGUCAUCCGCGUAUCCAGCUUUAUUGCAGACGCCGGAAAAGUCUGUCGACUUGUUUCACACUGUCCAUGACACAUUUUCGCACUCGGUCGUCCAUUCCUGCUAUUCUCACUUUUGAACCAGUUUUCAAAUACACUUUCUGGAGCAUCGAUAAUAUUUAAUCAUUUUUCUAUACCCGUUGCAUAAACGAUGCAAAUGCCAACCGUAGACUACGAAAAGUAGAAACUUAAUCGAUACUUUCUUAUGUAUGAAACAAUGACAUGCAUCUUACGAAUGCUCGUUCAGUUCACAAUAGUAUAUACAUUUUUUCGUUCAUUUUGAAAAUUCUUUUAUUCAACACUUUCAUAAUCGAUUGUAACGCAGAAAAUAUUCAUUAAAACUUCACAAAAAAGGAAUUUCCAUUUUCCAUAAUAUCAGAACGCUUUGAAAUGGUAAUUUAUGAAUAACAAUGGAAUCUUUAUAAAAUUCUUACAAAGGUUUCUUCAUGGAGCCGAUAAAAUCUUUUUCUGGUUUAUGAAAUUUCUGUAGCCUUUUCAAGUUAUAUCCGAUGAAGAGUAAAUUCGAUAAUGCAUUCUUAGCAUGUGGAAAACGUUAAACGUUCAUUGUACGCUGUAUUUCACCUUCUAUUUUCUUUCGGUAGAACAGAUCUGGCUCCCGCGUGUAUAGUUAGCUUGUUUUCCUUUCUCCUCGAAACGUAGCAAACAUUGGAAGAAAAUAGAAACCGCCGCCAUUAAUUCAUCAAGUUUAUGGAACCGAUAUCGAAUAUCCGAUCAAUGUUAUCGCUAUGCGUUCUUGAAGAAAUUUAAUCGUAUCAUCGAUAGUUAUUUAUUCGCAAUAUAAAUGAAAUUGUAUGUUGUUAUAAAGACAAUAACUUCAGGCGUCUAUGGAGACUAUAAUUUGAGUAGAAAUAUAAGAAUCUAGGGAUUUAGGAAUAUUGCGAUAGUGGAAACCAGGAAUAUCGGUAUUUUCAGCUAUUAAUUGAGAUAUUGGAAUUGCAAGAUUAUUGGGAAUUUAGGGAUAUUAGGGUAAAUAUAGUGAUUUAAGGAUCUAGGAAGAUUUUAAUUUGGAGGUAUUGGAACUCUAGGGAUAUGGGGAAUACACAGAUAUUGGGAAACUAGAAAUAUGGAGAAUCUACCGUUAUUGGCAUUCUAGGGAUAUUGGAAGGUGAUCUAGAAAUAUUAGGAGGUUAGAGAUCUACAGAUAUGGAGAUCUAGGGAUAUGGGGAAUACACUAAUAUUGAGAAACCAGAUAUAUUGGAAAUCCACUUCUAUUGGUAGUUUAGGACUAUUGGAAGAUCUAGAGAUGUUACGAGUUCAUAGAUAUUGGGAACUAGAAAUACAGGAAUUAAUGCAUAAAUCUAGGAAUACUGGAAUCUAGGGAUGUCAUAGAUCUCACAGAUCCAAAGAGACGUAGAUCCGUACAUACGAAGAAUGUAGAAAUAUUGAAAAUCUUAAAAAAUUAUAAAAAUAAUAAAAUUAAAAAUCCAUGAAGAUUAAGAACCCAGGGACAUUGAAAUUUAAGGACAUCAACUACAUUAAAAACUUCAGUAUAUCUAGACAUUGAGAUCUAGUAAUAUCAAAAUUCAGGGACAGACCUCCUAUCAUAACCCAGAAUCAAAAAGUUCAAAACUACACAGAAAAAUAGAUAAAAAGAACCACGGAAAAAGUGCGCCGGUGUCAAACGGCGUGUCCUCGACCAAUCGUUCACGGGUCCAUCGUGAUGUCUGGUAACGCAAUGGUUGUCGUGUAAUGAUCAAGGUGAAGGACUGCGACGAAGACGACAAAGUCUCGGUGGCGUGUACGACAACGAAAUCAGACGCGGAAGGUAGCCGGAAGGGAUCGGCGACCGCGGCAUCGGUGUGCAACGAAGAGGAGAACGGCGGUACCCGACGAAAGAAGAAGAAACGUCGGAAAACACGGAAGAAACAGCAGCUGCAGCUGCAGCAGCUAGCUCAGGAUCCGUCCGAGGACGGUCCGCAAGCGCACACCGUGCUGAACCUGCCAUCGUCUUCGGACGAAGUCGAGGCGGUCGGCGAAUGCUCGAAAAGGGACUCGUCCAGCAGCCUGGGUGGUGCCAGCAGGCACAACACCCUUCGGGAAUCUUUGCUCACGGUGUUGGGUAAGCUGGUGAUCUGGAAGGGCACCAGAUACCGUUCGGCCACCGCUGCUUCUUCCUCAUCCUCGGCGCCACCCAAUUCACCGCCCGCUACAGAGUGUAUCGGCCGUAGCACAUCCUUUUUUUCGAGCGAAACGGAGAGGAGAAUUCGCGCCAAUAACCGCGAGUUCAACUCACAGUUUAAUUAUGCGAACAACUACAUCAAGACGUCCAAGUAUUCGGUUCUGACGUUCCUACCAUUAAAUUUGUUCGAGCAAUUUCAGCGGCUCGCUAACUUUUACUUCCUAUGCCUGCUGGUGCUUCAGAUGAUCCCCGCUAUCUCCUCCUUGACCCCCAUCACUACAGCCAUACCCCUUAUAGGGGUGCUCAUGCUCACUGCCGUCAAAGAUGCCUACGACGAUUUUCAACGGCACAGCAGCGAUUCGCAGGUGAACAAUCGAAAGUCUCAAACACUGCGAGGAACUAGUCUACGCGAAGAGAAAUGGUCGCAAGUGCAAGUAGGCGAUGUGAUCAGAAUGGAAAAUGAUCAGUUCGUUGCAGCCGACGUCCUUCUUUUAUCUACUAGUGAGCCAAAUGGUCUUUGUUACAUUGAAACCGCGGAAUUAGAUGGGGAGACUAAUUUAAAGUGUCGGCAGUGUUUGGCUGAGACUGCUGAAAUGAUGGAUAAUCAUGAAUUGAUCGGUCAAUUUGAUGGAGAGAUUGUUUGCGAGACUCCUAAUAAUCUGUUAAAUAAAUUCGAUGGUACUCUUACGUGGAAAGGACGAAAAUUCGCAUUGGACAACGAUAAAAUUAUAUUACGAGGUUGCGUACUUCGAAACACGCAAUGGUGCUAUGGUGUGGUCAUCUUUGCAGGCAAGGAUACCAAAUUGAUGCAAAACUCAGGGAAAACAAAAUUUAAAAGGACCUCGAUAGAUAGGCUGCUGAAUCUUCUCAUCAUCGGGAUAGUGUUCUUUUUACUUUCAAUGUGUUUAUUCUGUAUGAUCGGCUGUGGUAUUUGGGAAAGCCUAGUGGGCCGUUAUUUCCAAGUGUAUCUACCCUGGGACUCGUUGGUGCCUAGCGAGCCUAUGGGUGGUGCCACAGUGAUCGCGCUACUUGUGUUCUUCUCUUAUGCUAUCGUAUUGAACACAGUGGUGCCAAUAAGUUUGUAUGUGAGUGUCGAAGUCAUCAGGUUCGUUCAGUCGUUUUUGAUCAACUGGGACGAAGAAAUGUACCAUGCACCAACGAACACACACGCUAAAGCAAGGACUACCACGUUAAAUGAGGAGUUGGGGCAAAUAGAGUAUAUAUUUUCCGAUAAGACCGGAACAUUGACGCAAAACAUUAUGACUUUUAACAAGUGUUCUAUAGCAGGAAAGUGUUAUGGGGAUGUUAUCGACGAGGUUACCGGGGAAGUCGUCGAUUUAAGCGAGACGGACAAAGCUGCCCGAACACCUACGAUGCGAUGGAAAAAUGGACAAGAAUUUGUUCAAGUUUAUACACCAAUAAGUGGUCCAAACGUACGUCUACUGGAACAGGUGGACAGGAUAUCCAAUAUAAUUGGAGACCCAGGCGUCUAUGGCAGCCCGAUGAUUCCACAGAACCGUUCAACAAUGCCAUCGUUGGAUUUCUCCUUCAACAAGGAUUACGAGCCAGAAUUCAAAUUCUAUGAUUCCGCGCUACUUGAUGCUGUGAGAUGUAACAACGAGGAUGUUCAUAGUUUCUUUCGACUACUGGCACUUUGUCACACCGUCAUGCCGGAGGAAAAGAAUGGCAAGCUAGAAUAUCAAGCACAAUCACCGGACGAAGCUGCUCUCGUAUCGGCAGCGAGAAACUUCGGUUUUGUAUUCAAAGAAAGAUCUCCAAAUAGUAUAACGAUAGAAGUUAUGGGAAAACGAGAAAUAUACGAGUUACUUUGUAUUCUUGACUUCAAUAACGUUAGGAAAAGAAUGUCGGUAAUUUUGAGGAAGGACGGACAUCUCAGACUGUAUUGUAAAGGAGCGGAUAACGUUAUUUAUGAAAGAUUGAAAAAAGGUAGCGAGGAUAUUAUGGCAAAAACGUUGGAACAUCUUAAUAAAUUCGCGGGUGAGGGCUUGAGAACAUUGUGCCUUUCGGUCAGAGAUUUAGAUGAGCAAUUUUUCAACGAUUGGAAACAACGUCAUCAAGAAGCUGCCCUUAGUCAAGAGAACAGGGACGACAAAUUGGAUGCAAUUUACGAGGAAAUAGAAAAAGAUAUGACCUUAUUGGGCGCUACUGCCAUUGAAGAUAAGCUACAGGACGGUGUACCUCAAACCAUUGCUAAUUUAGCUCUUGCCGGCAUCAAGAUCUGGGUGUUAACUGGUGACAAGCAAGAAACGGCUAUUAAUAUCGGUUAUUCCUGCCAGUUGUUGACAGACGACCUUACCGACGUUUUUAUAGUAGAUGCAACCACCUAUGAUGGUGUUGAAAAUCAGUUAUCGCGAUACUUAGAAACUAUCAAAACAGCGUCCAGUCAGGAAAAUCGGCCAACUCUCUCCGUCGUCACAUUCAGGUGGGACAAGGAAAGCAGCGAUACUGAAUACAAUCCUAGCAGGGAUGAGCAAGAUGAACAAAAAAUGGAACAAGCAACUGGAUUUGCAGUAGUUAUUAAUGGGCAUUCCUUGGUUCAUGCUCUACAUCCACAACUUGAACAACUAUUCCUUGAUGUAUCAAGCCAAUGUAAAGCUGUGAUAUGUUGUCGAGUAACACCUUUACAGAAAGCAAUGGUCGUCGAGCUAAUAAAGAAAAAUAAAAAUGCAGUAACUUUAGCAAUUGGUGAUGGAGCUAACGAUGUCUCAAUGAUAAAAACAGCUCAUAUAGGCGUUGGCAUUAGUGGUCAAGAAGGAUUGCAGGCCGUGUUGGCAUCCGAUUAUUCGAUAGGGCAGUUCAGAUUUUUGGAAAGACUGCUUCUUGUUCAUGGCAGAUGGUCGUAUUAUAGAAUGAGCAAAUUUCUCAGAUAUUUUUUUUACAAGAACUUUGCGUUUACAUUGUGCCACAUCUGGUUUGCAUUUUUCUGUGGAUUCAGUGCACAGACUGUAUUCGAUCCUAUGUACAUUUCUGUCUACAAUCUCUUUUAUACAUCAUUACCUGUAAUGGCAGUUGGUAUAUUCGAUCAAGAUGUUGACGAUAAAAAUAGUUUAAUGUAUCCAAAACUCUACGCACCCGGAUUACAAAAUUUACUUUUUAAUAAAAAGGAAUUUUGCUGGAGUGCUAUACACGGUUUUUUUGCUAGUUGUGUAUUAUUUUUGGUUCCAUACGGGACAUAUAAGGAUGGAGUAUCACCAAAGGGCUAUGUACUUUCUGAUCAUAUGUUGCUGGGAAGUGUUGUAGCCACCAUAUUAGUCAUAGUCGUGACUGUUCAAAUAGCCCUUGAUACGUCGUAUUGGACGAUUGUUAAUCAUAUUAUGGUUUGGGGCUCACUCAUUUGGUAUUUUAUUUUAGAUUAUUUCUAUAACUUCGUCAUAGGUGGUAGUUAUGUUGGCAGUCUUACAAUGGCAAUGUCCGAAGCAACGUUUUGGUUCACGGCGGUCAUUUCUUGUAUCAUAUUGGUAAUACCUGUACUCUCGUGGCGAUUCUUCUUCAUAGAUGUUAGGCCAACAUUGUCUGACAGAGUUAGGCUUAAACAGAGGUUGGCGCAACUUCGUUCUCGCCAAAGUCAAAAUAUACUUCGUACUCCGUCUACGAAACGAACGCGACAAUCUGUACGUUCUGGAUACGCUUUCGCGCAUCAAGAAGGUUUUGGCAGACUCAUCACGUCUGGAAAGAUUAUGCGAAAAUUACCAAACGGUGCAGAUUUUAAGUUUGCCAUGCCAUUCACGAACAAUACCAACAAACAAGUUAAUGUUGCCACGACGUCACCAAAGGAUAAUGCAUCAAAAAAUUCGCACACAUUGGAUACUAUUAAUCUUUAAUCUGGACGUUAUAUUGUAAGUCUUUCCGCCGUCUACUAAAUUUCGUACGAAUCGUUUGUUAAGCUAAUAUAGCAGCAUUGUACAACGGAAUCACUCAAAUUUUGCAAACAGAUUUUUAUUUUAUCAGUCAAUCAAUUUUCUGAAUGGGAUAUUAGCCCGUCAAGUUCUGUUAUGUUUACAGUCGCUUCUAAUUACACGUAACAUACAGACUUUUUGUGUAAAGGUAUUGCAAUAACUAAAAUAUAUUUGCUAGCAUAUUAAAUUUAACCUUUUGUAUUAAUGCUUACAGAGGAUUUAAGUAAUCGAAUUUCAUAAGACAAUAAAGUAUUAAUUGUUUGCAUAAGAAAUUUUACAUACCAGCAUCUAUAGAGAGGUACUAUUUCUUUUAUCACCAAAAAUUAUUGUUAGUUAUAAAUCGUUUUAAUAAACUGCAUUUUUUGUACAAGAUCAACUAUUCGAAGCUCUUAAUUAGAUUUUUGUCUAGCAUAAUUAUAUUUCGUAUUACAUUGAUAUUUUUCAUUCAGUCUUGAAUUUCAUAAAAUCUGAUU